CGUAACAAAAAAACUCGAAAUGUCCUUCUGUCAGACGAGAUAAUUAUCCUACAAUAUAUUCAUAUUUUUAUAUAUUUAUUUUACAUUUUAUCCACGACGUCUAACCGGUGAAGUCUCGCCGUGGACCGACUGUACCGGGAGGAAUGUUGAUAGUGUAACACCAGACUUGAGAAGAAGAAGCUGCUCGCAUCUCUUCACUGUUAAUUUGUUUUAGCUGCAUUUUCUGUCACAUUACUUUUAUUUUAUCCACCGUAAAUGAGUCGCAGAGGAGACAGUGACGAUGACAGCAGCGGGAAGCGGAGGGUCGCGUAUGUUUACAGCCCGGAGUACAUCGAGACUUGCGACAGUUUAUCCAAAGUGCCAAACCGGGCGAGUAUGGUCCACUCACUGAUAGAAGCAUAUGGACUCCUUAAACACAUGAGCACCGUUAAACCUCAAGUGGCCACCAUAGAGGACAUGGCCAAGUUCCACACAGACUCUUACCUGGAGCAUCUUCACAAGAUCAGCCAGGACGGAGACAACGAUGACCCCCAGUCGGCCGACUACGGCUUGGGUUAUGACUGUCCAGUGGUGGAGGGGAUAUAUGACUAUGCGGCAGCAGUAGGGGGCGCUACACUGACGGCAGCCCAGUGUCUACUGGAUCAGAAGUGUGAGGUGGCCAUCAACUGGGCAGGAGGGUGGCACCAUGCCAAGAAGGAUGAGGCAUCAGGUUUCUGCUAUGUGAACGACGCUGUGUUGGGAAUCCUCAAACUGAGGGAGAAGUACGAGAGAGUCCUCUAUGUGGACGUUGACCUGCAUCACGGAGACGGUGUUGAGGACGCCUUCAGCUUCACAUCCAAAGUCAUGACCGUCUCUCUGCACAAGUUCUCCCCUGGAUUCUUCCCAGGUACGGGUGACCUGUGUGACACGGGGCUGGGUAAAGGCCGUUGGUACGCCGUGAACGUCCCACUGGAGGACGGCAUCAAGGAUGACAGAUACUACCAGAUUUUUACCAGUGUGAUGCAGGAAGUGAGGGCGCAGUUCAACCCGGAGGCGUUGGUCAUGCAGCUGGGUGCCGACACCAUGGCGGGCGACCCCAUGUGCUCCUUCAACAUGACCCCAGUGGGGGUGGGCAAGUGUCUGCGGCAUGUCUUGGAGUGGCAGCUACCUACACUGCUGCUGGGAGGAGGAGGUUAUAACCUUGCUAAUACGGCUCGCUGUUGGACCUACCUGACGGCAGCAGUGCUGGGAAAGACUCUCUCGUCUGAGAUACCAGACCACGAGUUUUUUACAGAGUACGGACCCGACUACUCGCUGGAGAUCAGCCCAAGCUGUCGACCAGACCGAAACGACACCAAACACCUGGACCAGGUCAUCAGCACCAUCAAAGGGAAUUUAAAGAAUGUGGUUUAGGAGUCGGCAGCCUCCUUCUCCUCCUCCUCCACACACACACACACACCAUGUUUCCAAACCAGGUCGAUGCUCGGCGGCAUUUAAUGAAGACAAUAUGGAGCAGACCCCUUCAGCCCUGAGGCAUGGAGCAAACGAGGGAGCGAUGAAGGCAGGAAAAAGGAGAGCGAGAGAGAAGGUUUUGGAAAACAUUAGCUGAGUGUUUCCAGGGGAAAACAGUUUAAUAAGAGGAGGGGGGGGUGAUGUGGUUGCUGUACAGUGUCCACUGUUUAUAAUCCUUUUGUUUUUUGGAAAAGGUAUUUGUGUUUGUGUGAAUGAGAGUUUGUGGUGAGUUCAGUGUGGGUAUGUAAAACAGAAUUAUUACGAGCAGGGGGGGGGUUACAGUCAGUGCACACAGAAUUUUUUGGUUUCAAGGGAUGCGUUUGUGUACGUCCUAUCAGUCGGAUAUUUCAAACUAAACGGAAAAACAGAUAUAUUCAGGUGUCCAGUUUCACGCUCACCGCGGCGCCGCUGUUAUUUUACCCCCCUGAGCACGGAUAAGCACUAAAACAGACAAAAGGCAAAACAGCGAGGUUCCCCAAGCACCUUGUUAUACUUGUAAAAACCCCGGGUUUCUCAGCAGGUCCGGAAAGUCCUGAAAAGAAUUGAGAAACUUGGAAAGUUUACAAAUAAACAGUCUGGAAAAGUUUGGAAAACAGACAGAAGUUGAUUUGCUCAGCCACAUUGUUUUGACCUCUGGGCAAAAGCUGUAAAUUAAACAUCUGGACAGAGUUUGUUAUUGUCUGUCCGUGGAAAAAAAGAACUUUUUAACUUUCCCUGCAUAUUUUCCGUUUAAAAUUCCAAAGAUUUCAUAAACUUUAAGAAGCUUUUAGAAGCAGUCCUAAACUGGUCUGGCGUGACUGGAGAAGAACGUGUAAAUUAACAAACAUGGCUGUUGUUGGAAAAUUGACAGAUGCAGGUUUUCUCACAAGGACUCUUAAGUGUUUGGUCACUGAAACGUCAUGUUUUACUCUGUAUGGUGUUAAACAGCCACUUGCACGACAUUUUGUCAGUCUCACGUAGCCAGACCUAUCUCUAUGGUGCUGUAUUAGCACUAGAUAAAGGUCUGGAAUCACCAAUUAUCUUUCUGCGAUAGGGUAAAAAAAUGCUCUGGCUUGUUUUGUUUUUUUAAAACCAAUCAAAAUAGUGCUGGGCAAUGCUAAGCCCAGGAUAGCGAUGAACUGAACAUUUGCACGUUGGGAUGCGAGCACUGUCAUUAAAUUGGCUCCGCAAAAUAAAACACCACAAAAACAUGUAUGUCACUGAUAUGAUUCAACUUUCAUGUUGAAGAGACGAACAUAAUUUGAUAAUCGAUGCCCUCGAGGUGAAGCAUGACUACACUUUAGCUCUGGAGGAGCUCGCUGGACCUGUUAAAACCACAGACGAAUUGCUGGCUGCACGUGGCUCUAGUAGAACGUUAUUACGACGAUAUCGCAGAAGUUUGUGAAAUGGAUCGGUAUAUUAGUGAAGUCGCUCUCACUCGCAUAGGCUGCUGCCAGAGUUAAAAGAUGUGGCAAAUCGACUCCAGCUGGUCGUGUAAGAAAACGUAACAACAUCGUACAUGAGAGUCCUGCGAGACUGGGCUUUUCCAAGGUGCGUUCACAAAGUGUUUUAUUCUUCCUAGAUCUUCGCAACAGUUCACCGAUGCAACACAGCAGACAUGCCUUAUUGCACGAUCCAAAUCUAGCUUCAAGUUGUUCGCUCGGAGGUUGUAGUUUCCCAUUGCGAAGGGGGUUUGGAAACAGUAACACGCAGGUAGGGCAAGGAAUGGCAGUCUACAUCUGGUGAAUCGGACUACUACGCAGUUUAUCACUAAAAAGUUGACUGGAAUCUUACGAAUCGGCAGGAAAAGCGGGUCUCCAAAAGAAGGAGUCUGCAGUAUACACGGUUACUCUUAAAAAAUAAGCUACUUGAUCUCCACUUCAGUUGCCUUUACAAUGUCCUCAAGAACUCUGCACCCACCAUGUAAAUGUAUAGUUUGUUGUUUUUCUGUGUUGCAUUUUUUUCUGUAUGGUUGUCAAAAAAUUCUAAAAACAUAACUGCAAAGUGCAUCUGAUUAUUCCCACAUCUGUAGAAGUUUGGAAAACAGAAACAUCUUGUUUAAUCCCCCCAGCUGUAGUGUUUCAGAUGUGGCACAUUAGUCACAUCACACAGCUGCACAUCAGACCGAACAGUGAAUCUGAAUCCUCUUAAUAAAGCCGAGGUGCACGUGGGAGUUUGACGCAAGUGGAGGCUCGAUGUUCACAGCAUCACUGAACUGUUCUUAGAAUUUGGGAUUGAAUUUAUAAUCUGCAAUAUUGCAUUGAUCAGUCCCAGUGUUUAGCGCCAAAUUACUUUUUAAAAGUUUAUUUUUGACCAUAGAAAUAGUGGUUUUACAAAAAUAUAUCUAUCCACUGUGAGAUGUUCAAAAGCUCCAGAAAAGACUAGAAAGGAGACCUUGAGUUUUUUGUCAAACUACUAUAAUUGUGGUAACUAAAAACAUUUCCAGGCAUUAUAAAACCAUUAUUAGUUGUUGCUGAAGACUCAAGAUUUCUUUUAUGUCAUUUCUUUUUAUUUUAUCUUGCAAAUGCUCAAAAAUAAGGUUAAAAAGCUGCUGACUGAAAGAAAAACACAUUUUAAAUCUUCAAAUCCACUGCAGGUGAACAUGAAAUCUUAUGUAGGAGUAUUUUAGGAUAAAGUUUAUCUAUCAGAUUGUUUGGGACUUGAGAAGAAAGUAAGUUUUUUUUUUUUUUUUAAUGUUCAUGCAUUUAUUUCACAGAAUGACUUUUUUAAGAAAUCUGUCGGCAUGUUUUGAUGUACAUACCACGAGCAGUUGUCGAAAUAAAAGACAGGAGAGCAUGUUGUUGUCAUGUGUCUGCGCUGCGUGUUUAAGCAGUGAUUUAUGCAGUGCGGGCUGCUUAAUAGAGGCUUUAAUGGAGAGCGUUUGAAAGAGGAACCACAAAUGUCGAGCAGUUUCCUUUAGAAGUGAUGUUCCCCAAAUUAAUGGCCUGGAAAUUCACACCAAAUGUAGGAGUCACCAGUCGGAGCUGGCAUGUGCUGAACAGAAGUGAAUGUGUUGAGUGUGUGUGUGUGUGUGUGUGUGUGAGAGUGAGAGAGAGAGGAUUCCCUGUGAUCUUUAUGAACACUGCUGCGGUCACUUCGGCGGUUUGAGCCCAACGUAGCCGAAGCAAAUGAAACUCAUUACACCGUUUACGAGUUCGGAAAAGGAGAGACGAUUGAAAUUCUAUCUCAUAAACUGGGAGGAGGAGGAGGGCGAGGGGGGGUUUACACAGUGAUCGGGCAGAGGGGCUGUAAACAUGAGAGACGUGAGAGACUUUGUGUGUGUUUAUGUAGUUUUCUUUGCUCCGCGGAGUCAAAUUAGAAAAACUCGGGGGGCCUCGAGAGGAUUCAGGGCACCGCUGGAAUCCCUGGAUUGCCUUUUCACAAAAAACAAAAAAAGAUAGUGUUCCUUCGUGACCCUUACGAUCUUAUUUUAGGGAGGAAACCCUGUCUUCCCGUUGUUUAUGGUUUGACAUGUGGCCAAGCAAAACUGAGUGCGUAAUACCAAAUAAUACCAAAAGCUCUUGGGCUCAUGUCUCUAAUGUCGUGUUGUCAUAUUCUAAUACCAAAACUUUCCCAUGUCAUCAGUCUCGCUCAACACUUAAAGCUAAUUCAUGAGCCACAUUAUCAUGUUUCAGCCCAGCACCGCGAGAAUUUCCAUCCAUAUUGGACGAUUCUACACCUCCUACAUAUUGACUGUCAGAGCAGAGGUAGUGUGUAGCUGCUAUACAGUGAGAUGGAACUGAAAGGACAUGGAAGUGUUUUAGUAGCCUGACCUUAACCACAGUCCAUUUGCUAUAACCACAGUCUUUCCCUACUUUUAACUGCGAGUGCAGUGCAUGUUCAAGACGUGCCUGUUUGGAGCCGGCCAAUUGCUCGGCCUCCGGUAUCGCUUUCAAGAGAAGUGCUCAUCCAAACAACUUCACACUCAGCGCUGUGCUUCCUUGGGUUCCGAGCAUUGUACCUGCAUGACAUAGUUGCCUUCCCCUAGCAAAUGCUAGAGUAUACGCCAAUCACACAAGAUGUUGACACUACAUGCGAGCGGCAACCUCUGGGGAAAAUGAAGCCAACGCAGAAGUGCCAAAAAGUUUCUUUAAUGGCUACUUGAGGCUGGCUCCAGAAGCCAAGUCAAUCUCAAUAGUAUCGCAUGUCUCAAAGCCCAACUUUGCAGCAGAAAUAAACAUGUUUAUAGUCUGGUACAAAAACUGUUUUGGUCUCUAUAGCUAUUUCCCCCUUAAUUGCAACUGUACGGGGGCUGAUUUUUUACAUACCAUAAAACCUCAAUUAAAAACCUAGUCCCAAUUAAAUGGCCAGUCCCUUAGUUAAACAUUGUGACGAAUAAACGUCUGUCUCAAUUAGACGGCAGGUCUAGUUGCCAAACAGGUCAUUAUUACAGAAGUUCUUUGGAUGUAUAAAACUGGAUUGUUUACCAACCACUUGACUUGCUAACGUUAGCUGAACGUCCCAGAGUCAUCCUAAAAUAUGCCUGGAAACAGCUCCUGGACCAACUGGUGGUACUCCCCAUGACCCACCCUCUUUUUUAUGGUCUCAUGUACCCACACAGAUCUCUGUUUCCCUGUGCCCAACAAACUAUUUACUGACAGCCUCUCACCCUCAACCAGAGCUACAGCAAGAACACUCUGCCUGAACAUUUUAGGAACUAGAUGCUAAUUACUGUGAAAUAAAACAAACAGUAAAUUGAUUACAUGGGAAGGUUAGGGUAAGGUUAGGGGAGGUGCGAGGUUCCUGUGUACUCGGGGCCUAAGCAUACUGAAGGCUUCAGCAUGUUUGUACUAAACCACGUGAGCAAAACUGAACAAAUCAGUUUUUAAUAAGUUUACAGUAAACAACAGUAAAAAGAUCGUCUUAUGUAUUUGAUUCUAGUUCUUUGAUAAUGUAGCAUAAAAAACCUCUGCGGUCCGAUCCAAUUGGUCAGAAUUAACCAUAAAGCAAAGUUCAUCAUCGGAUGGCUGUUUUGGGAACAACUGGUCCCUGUCAGGAUACAGUACAUGUUACAUAACCUCUGUCCACUCUCAGCUGCUUUUUUCAUGGAAUCUAAAUUACCUAGAGACAAGAUUAUGGAGACUUUCUGUCAUUUUAAAAUCCCACAUAAACCAGUCGUGUGAUGCAACAUAUUCUGUAAAGGAAAAACUAUCUUCCACAUUACAGUGAAGACGGAGCUUCCCUGCCAGCAUUGAGCUGUAAUUUGUUUUUGGCUCAAAUUGUCUUCCUCUGGAUGCAUGCAGAUUAAUUUUUUUUUCCGAUAUGAAAAUGGAAGGCCGUGUUGGAAUCUAUGGGGUAAGUUUUUGGAUUUAGUUCGGUUCAGUCAGGAGGUGGUGAGCUGUUAAGACUUGUACGGUUGUGUCCAGGGCUAAUUUUGUUUUCCUGGGAUGCUCCGUCAGUUUCAUGAACCUCGAUGUAAUAACUCAAAAACUUCUUUUUCCUGUCAGUUCAUUGAACAAAACGGAUUGAUCCUAAAGUAGAAACAUCAUGAGUGCAGCCAAACAACUGGAUUCGUUUAGAUCUACAAGUUCUUAUCCACUAGAUUUCCCCUUGUACUGGUCUGUAUGUGCUGCACCUUUACUGCUCCAUGACACAAAAAACUUUUCCAACGACUUUUAUGCAAAUCAGCGCAGGGCCCCUUCACCGCUCAGCCAGUGCUUUGAAUAGAGUGUCAUCUGACCCUCUGUUGAUUAGUUUAGAUAAACCAAAAGCCUUGUUCUUCCUCUUCCUCUGUUUCUCUUUGGUUCCUGUUGGGUAAAGAGUUUGCCAGUUGCACUAAACAUUUGAAUAAGGCUGUUUAAAUUUGGGGAAUUUUCCAAAACAUAUCUGCUUUAGGAGAAAAAAGAACCUCAAAUAUUUGGGAAGUCCUUCAGUCUUUAAAGGUUUCAUCACUUUUUCAUCCAACCUCAGUGAAAAAGUCCAGCUUGUGUCCUGGCAGUCUGACCAACAUGCUAUAAUUAUUUGUCCUGCUAAGAUGGAAAUCACAAACGGUUUGUUUGAUUUGCAUAACGUCUCCCCCCGGGGGAACAAAGCGGCGGGGGCCUCCGUCUAUACGUCCUCCUCCUCCUCAUCAACAUGUGAAGUGUCUGCGGUCAAUGGCGGAGGGGAUUUACUCGCACAAUAAAGACAGAUGCCACCUUUUAUCUGCUUAACGGAAGAGAGGCCGAGCGCGUGGCACUUGACCACGCCGGCGCAUGUUGUUGGCGCGUAAUGACGUCCUCCUUUCCACAGACUAUUGACAUGAAUGGUGAAUGGGCUUGUUCUUUUUUUAGCAGGACGUGGGGGUGGGGGGAUAGAGGAGGGUUUUUUUGGGGAGGAUGAAUUGAUGGAGGUUCCCCAACGACUCUUUGGGUGAUUUUUCUUUUUGCUCCAAACAGCCUUUUGUUUGUCCCUUAUGAAUUAAAUAGACCCAGAGGAGAGGAGAAUCUGGUUUUCAGCAGAUCUGGUGUUGAGUUUGAGCUACUUUAGUGACAAACUUUUAAACAUUUAAACAGUCCAACAGGCCUAUCCUGUGACCACAGACAGUCAGUGAUCACCUCUGGGACCUGCUGUUUAAAGAGAGUAGAUUUAAAAUGCUGCUUUUGCCUCUAAUGAUCCUGGAACAGGGUGGAGUGGUGUUAAAGAUGGAUAAAAAUAACAUUAAUUUGAUUGAUUGCCAAGAGGAAAUUGAUUUGUUGCAACAUGACAGAACACAGAUGUGAGUUUGAAAUCAAUAUGUCAGCAAACAAAAGCAUAUAAAUAAAAAAGUUUGUGUGAUUAUUGAGUUUUUGGUUUGUGUCUUAUCUGUCAUAUAAAUAAAUACCUUUAAUAC